AUGUUUUCUCUCAGGACGAUCUGCGCAACUCUGACCGGUGCCUUUUUAUUCGGCUUUGGAACUCUCUUGUUCAAGCCCUCGAGCUAUAUACCGGACAUACAGCCUGUCACCCCUGCGCAUUCGACUGUCUUCAACUCCCAGUCUUAUGUCCAAGGCCCACCCACCCAACGCUUUCAAGAUAACCUUCGCAAUGACACGAGGUACAUUACAUCGUGGGGUUCAGCGGGAUGGACGAAUGACGUGAUGUCCUAUGCCAAUUUGAUUUACCUGGCACUCAUAACAGAGCGUACACCCAUAAUCCCAAAGUUCCUCUCUACUCAUAUCGACCCAAGUGCACCUCCAUUUGUUUUUGGGGAAGUGUUCGACGUCCCUCGACUUAGUCAAGCUAUAGGGAUUCACUUGCUUGAAUGGCACGAAGUAAAGGAGCCGGAAAGUCCGGUUUUCGAUGAUCUUGGUUGUUGGAGUGUCUGGGAAACCGUUCAAUACCACAUACCGAUUCCUGAACCACGGCGAAGUCCCUCCCUGAACCUGCUCAAGCUCGAUAUCUCGUGGACGCUAACCCCACCUUGGGUCGAGCUGACGUCUCCUAGCAAACAAGACAAUCAUGCAUCUUUUUGGUCCCUUGCAUCACUCGGGUUUCCCGAGGCUCGCUCGAGCAGCCUGGCAUUACCAUUAAAGAAUUAUCCUUCUCCUCAGCAUCAGGUUUCCCUUCCCCCGGAUGAUCACUUAUUAUGCUUCGACCUUCUUUACUUCAUAAGCGCCCAGAAUACAUGGGAAUGGGAAUUAGACUAUUCUCCUGCAUGGAGAUUUGUAGGUCAACACAUGCGAUGGACUGCAAACAUCGAAGGGCUUGCAGAUGCGUACGCCCGGCGCGCCAUGAACGUGCCAGUAAAUGAACCGACACCUCCCUAUGUAUCCAUCCACAUACGACAUGGUGACUUCCGCGAUCAAUGCGAGCAAGUUCCUGUGGAUCAAUGCUUCGCCUCGUUGUCUGUCAUUGGGCACAGGGUGUCCGAGGUACAGGAAGAGCUUCGCACACGAAAAGGGAUUGAGGCUACACAUGUUAUCAUGACCAGUGACGAAAGUGACCCAGAAUGGUGGUCAGAAGUUAGGGCUUUGGGGUGGACAUGGGUAGAUCAUGCGGCAGAGCGGACAGAAGAGAUCUAUGGAAAAUGGCACCCAGUGUUUAUCGACGCUAUCAUUCAGUCGAAUGGAGCCGGCUUCGUUGGUACUCUUCGUUCUACGAUGUCCACACUAGCUAGACGCAGAGUACAGUCGUGGCAUGACGGAGCAACUCGGACCAUCAUAUGGGGGUGGCCUGGCGCUGAUGAUCAUUGA